UCUCUUAGCCCCAUUCAAUUGAUUUUUCCCGCUCAUUUUCACCCCUAAAUUUCCUCUACAUACGGUUUCGUUUUAUCUCACAAACAAUUACAAGUCAGCCGCUCUUGGAGGAAGCUAGGGUUUUGAAACGAAAUCAUCUCCAAAUCAAUUCCUAUAAACUAGGGCGACACGCUUGCUUCUUGUGUUCUCAAACGGAGACCCUUUUUGAGUUUUUUUUUCAUACGCGAAAUUACCACAUAUCUAUUUGUGUUCCCAAAUGCCGUCGAGGAAAUCAGAAUAUUGAUCGAAAAAUGCAGUCAACAGAGCAAUUGGUACUCGAUCUCAGUAGUCCUGAUCUUCGCGAAAACGCUCUUCUCAAACUCUCCAAGCAUCCUCCUGCAAUUUUCCCCAGAAUAGUCGGUCAUGAAGCAAUGGGGAUUGUAGAGAGUGUAGGAGAAGGUGUACAUGAAGUUGUCGAAGGCGACAAUGUGAUCCCAAUCUUUUUAGUGAGAAGAAACAAGCAGAUUCACAGACAUCAAUGGAGAAACUUUAGUGAAUACACAGUGGUUGACAUUGCUCAUGUAACUAAAUAUGUUCCAGCAACCCCACCAAAUAGAGAUUGCCUCUUAAGUUGUGGUGUAUCAACUGGGGUGGGUGCCGUUUGGAAAACAGCAAAUGUGGAAGUUGGUAGUAAAGUGGCUAUAUUUGGCUAUAAGUGCUUUCAUUCUUUGAAAGUAGCUACUGAAUUCAAAAGAAACAUCAUUCCUUUAUGGUAUCUGGUUGAAUUUGCAUGGAAAAGUUGGGUAAGUUUUGAAUAA